CAGCAAUCCUUGGUAAACCAGUUUAGCACCUGAGGAAAGUAUUUGAACCCUGAGAUGUCAUUCAGAUUCCUGGCUGAAUGAUACAACACCUCACCUUAUCACUUGUUCUCUUUAGCCUCCCUUCAUCCAAUAUCAGAGGUAAAGUUGGUGUAUCCUCUGUCAUGCAUCCAACCGCCCUCCUGUUGCUGCUGACUGCCUACGUGGCUCAUGGUUCACUGCUGCAAUUUGCCAGAAUGAUCAAGUGCACCCAGCCUGGUGUCAACCCCUUCAUGUAUAAUAACUACGGUUGUUGGUGUGGCUUGGGGGGGACUGGCAAGCCAAGGGAUGAGCUGGAUGGGUGUUGUGAGGUCCACGACCACUGCUAUCAAGCGAGCAGGCAUCUUCCAGAUUGCCGUCCCGUCAUUGAUUACCCUUACAUCAAUCUGUAUAGAUUCUCUUGCGCUAAUGGGCAGGUCUCCUGUUCAGCCUCCAGCCACGUGUGCCAGGUCUCAGUGUGUGAGUGUGACCGUGUCGCCACCAACUGCUUCGCCCAGUCGACCUACAACCCUAAGAACAAGAACCUGGACCCCAAAGUCCACUGUCUCUCCUGAGCCAAGUCAAAUCUGGACGCAGCACCAACUGUAGAUUCACAGAAUGUUUAUGAAUCCUGUUUCAUGCAUAAUGUUUGCUGUAAUGGAAUUUAUUUUGCUAACAAAACUGACAACCUGAUUAAAUUAUUGAAUGGCA